AUGAAGGAUACUGCUGAGCAAGCUUUAUCAUCUCCCACGACUUUGGAGCCUCGACCAUCACCGGUCGAGCCCAUUACGCUGCCAGUGAAUCAGUCUAGCGUCCAAAGGAAGGGAGAAGUAAAAACGACUUUAAAGAAAUUGUCCAAGUGCAAAGCAGCGGGAGCCACCGAGGUAACACCCGAAUCGUCAACACAAGGACAGAACGUUCAAACCCCUAAUGAGCCCGGAGCUGAGCCCCACAAGAAGAGGAAGAAGAAGAAGAAGACAAAGAAGGAUAUGGACGGUGGAGAGAACCUGGUUGCAAAAGGGAAACCGAAGAAGUCGCACAAGAGAACGGAAGAGGAGAAUGUCGACUGUAAGGGGAAAGCCAAGUCUCAAGCUCUUCCAGACACCAAUCUGUCUACUGUUCCAGAAAAGCCGGUGGCUGAAGGAACCAAGAAGAUUAAGAAGAAUAAUAAGGUAACACCUACAAAGGUGAAGGGCAUAGCCUUAACAACAAAAAUAUCUUCCAAGGGGAAAGAGGCGGAGAAGAGCAAGGAAAGUGAAAACCAGCCGGGAAAAUCAACCAGACCUCGUACUUCGGCGAAAUGA